GGGACACAUCAAAUCUAAAAGGAAAACUACACACCCGCCACCCUCACUUCUCAUAUUAAAACCACCCCUUCACCUUACUACCCUCCACCACCACCACCACCACCACCACCUCAACCUCUCUGCAUUCUCCAGCCACCAUGCAGGCAAGCGCCGGUCUAGUCGCCGGCUCCCACAACCGCAAUGAGCUCGUCGUCAUCCACGGCCAUGAAGAGCCGAAGCCGUUAAAGGACAUGACUGGUCAAGUAUGUGAAAUAUGUGGUGAUGAGAUCGGUCUCACGGUUGAUGGAGAUUUGUUUGUAGCGUGUAACGAGUGCGGUUUUCCAGUAUGCAGGCCAUGUUAUGAGUAUGAAAGAAGAGAGGGCAGCCAGAACUGCCCUCAAUGCAAAACUAGAUAUAAAAGGCUCAAAGGUAGUCCAAGGGUUGAGGGUGAUGAUGAUGAAGAAGAUGUGGAUGACAUUGAGCAUGAGUUUAAUAUAGAUGAUGAACACAACAAAAAUAAUAACAUUGCUGAAGCAAUGCUUCAUGGGAAGAUGAGCUAUGGACGAGGACCUGAAGAUGAUGACAACAAUAAUACUCAAUACCCACCUGUUAUUGCUGGUAGAUCUGCACACGUGAGUGAUGAGUUUCCGAUAUCAACCCAACCUCAUGGAGAGCACUUAUCAUCACUUCAUAAACGGGUGCAUCCUUACGGGUCACCCGAGUAUGGAAGUGGAAGAUGGGAUGACAAGAAAGAUGGAGGGUGGAAAGAAAGAAUGGAAGAGUGGAAAAUGCAUCAGCAAGGCAAUCUUGGAGCUGAAAUUGAUGAUUCAGUAGAUCCUGAUAUGGCAAUGUUAGAUGAAGCAAGACAGCCACUUUCUAGAAAAGUACCAAUUGCAUCCAGCAAGAUCAAUCCUUAUCGGAUGGUGAUCGUGGCUCGGCUGUUUAUACUCGCAAUCUUUCUUCGGUAUAGACUUAUGAACCCUGUGCAGGAUGGAUUUGGGUUAUGGCUAACUUCGGUCAUCUGUGAGAUCUGGUUUGCUUUCUCUUGGAUAUUGGAUCAGUUCCCCAAAUGGUUUCCCAUUGAUCGCGAGACGUAUCUUGAUCGCCUUUCUCUCAGGUAUGAAAGGGAAGGCGAACCGAAUAUGUUAUGCCCGGUGGAUGUGUUUGUGAGUACGGUGGAUCCAUUGAAGGAGCCUCCUCUUGUCACAGCUAACACGGUUUUAUCCAUUUUAGCUAUGGACUAUCCUGUUGAUAAGAUAUCAUGUUACAUAUCAGAUGAUGGAGCUUCAAUGCUUUCCUUCGAAUCACUAUCAGAAACUGCAGAAUUUGCGCGAAAAUGGGUUCCAUUUUGUAAGAAAUUUGCCAUUGAACCUCGAGCACCGGAGAUGUACUUCUCGGACAAAAUCGAUUACCUCAAGGAUAAAGUUCAACCCACAUUCGUCAAGGAACGUCGAGCUAUGAAGAGAGAAUAUGAAGAAUUCAAGGUUCGGAUCAAUGCGCUUGUAGCGAAAGCCAUGAAAGCGCCUGCGGAAGGUUGGAUUAUGCAAGACGGGACACCAUGGCCCGGGAACAACACGAAAGAUCACCCUGGAAUGAUUCAAGUGUUUCUCGGUCAGAGUGGCGGGACAGAUGUCGAAGGAAACGAGCUUCCUCGACUUGUAUACGUUUCCCGUGAAAAGAGGCCUGGUUUUCAACACCACAAGAAAGCCGGAGCCAUGAAUGCUUUGGUUCGGGUCUCGGGAGUUCUAACAAAUGCUCCAUUUAUGUUGAACUUGGAUUGUGAUCAUUACCUAAACAACAGCAAGGCUGCAAGAGAAGCAAUGUGUUUCUUGAUGGACCCACAAAUAGGAAGAAAAGUAUGCUAUGUUCAGUUUCCUCAAAGGUUUGAUGGUAUAGACAGACAUGAUCGAUAUGCCAAUAGAAACACGGUUUUCUUUGAUAUUAACAUGAAAGGUCUAGAUGGAAUCCAAGGCCCGGUAUAUGUCGGUACAGGAUGUGUUUUCAGGAGACAAGCCUUAUAUGGUUAUGAUCCACCAAAGGGUCCCAAAAGGCCAAAGAUGGUAAGUUGUGAUUGUUGUCCUUGUUUUGGACGUAGAAAGAAGAAUCCAAAGUUUGAAAAACAUGGUGAUGUGGAAAACGUUCAAGGAUAUAAUGAUGAUGAUAAAGAACUUUUGAAGUCUCAAAUGAACUUUGAAAAGAAGUUUGGACAAUCGGCUAUCUUCGUUACUUCGACUUUAAUGGUUGACGGCGGGGUCCCACCAUCCUCGAGCCCAGCAUCACUACUCAAAGAAGCCAUUCAUGUAAUCAGUUGCGGGUACGAAGACAAGACCGAAUGGGGUUUGGAGUUGGGCUGGAUUUACGGGUCGAUCACAGAGGAUAUUCUAACGGGGUUCAAGAUGCAUUGUCGCGGUUGGAGGUCAAUAUACUGUAUGCCAAAAAGACCAGCAUUUAAAGGGUCAGCUCCUAUUAAUCUAUCGGAUCGACUUAACCAAGUUCUGCGGUGGGCUUUGGGUUCUGUUGAGAUCUUUUUCAGUCGACACAGCCCACUUUUGUAUGGUUACAAAGGCGGUAAUCUCAAGUGGCUCGAAAGGUUUGCUUAUGUAAACACAACGAUUUAUCCCUUCACUGCUCUCCCACUUCUUGCAUACUGCAUCCUCCCUGCCAUUUGCUUGCUCACUGGGAAGUUUAUUAUGCCAGAGAUAAGCACAUUGGCAAGUCUAUUCUUUAUUUCUCUUUUCCUGUCGAUUUUCGCAACGGGCAUUCUUGAGCUGAGAUGGAGUGGAGUCAGCAUCGAAGAAUGGUGGAGAAACGAGCAGUUUUGGGUUAUCGGUGGUGUAUCGGCUCAUUUGUUUGCUGUUAUACAAGGUCUGUUAAAAGUUUUGGCAGGAAUAGAUACAAACUUUACUGUUACAUCGAAAGCAACAGACGAUGAGGAAUUCGGGGAGUUAUACGCGUUCAAAUGGACAACACUGCUGAUCCCGCCAACGACUAUUCUGAUCAUUAACAUGGUCGGGGUUGUCGCAGGAAUAUCUGAUGCUAUAAACAAUGGUUACCAAUCUUGGGGGCCUCUGUUUGGGAAGCUGUUCUUUGCAUUUUGGGUGAUUCUUCAUCUGUACCCGUUUCUCAAAGGUCUUAUGGGAAAGCAGAACAGGACACCGACGAUUGUGGUGAUUUGGUCUAUUCUUCUGGCUUCGAUCUUCUCGUUGCUGUGGGUUCGGAUCGACCCGUUUGUGUUGAAAACCAAAGGACCAGAUGUCAAACAAUGUGGACUCAACUGCUGAAAUAUGAUGCAAGAGUGAAAAGUUUUGUUCAAAUGAUGAAUUGUAUUAUGUUUCCUGUUUCUGUUAUGUUUCUAAGUGUGUUUUUGUUUUUACAUCUUUGUAGCCACAAAAGUGUUGUAGAUAGUAAUUGAAUGGACAUGGAUUUGUUAGUAUAUGGAACUAAGGGUGUCAAUAAUGUU